UUCAAAUAUUUCACAAAAACUCAAACACACACAUAUUGAAAUAAAGAGAGAGGGAUACACACACUUAGGCAGGCAAAGGAGCUGAAAAAGGAAGCGAAGAGCUAGACGAAAAGGAGACGAGACAAAAGGCAAAGCAGGGAUGACGAGAAAAGGUUGCAAGCAAAACAAGUCAGCAGGAUCAAGGACACGCAGGCACUCACAUACACUCACAAAGGAGCAGGCAGAGAAAACCUGAAAUCGUUACUCGAACCCAAAGCCAAAGAGAGAAAUGCAAGCGAACGAGCGGGCCAAAAGAAAAGGCAGAUUAAGGACCCGUUCCUUUGUAAUAUUUUUUUUUACAAUACAUCCAUAGAGGGCAGCUGCUACUCCUGGCUGACGAAGGAAACCAAACACCACCAGCUGGGCUAUAUCCUCACUAGUCGCAAACAAGAACAACAGGGGCACACGAUCGCAGCGGAGGAUCACAAAGGACUCGUGCCACAUGAACCAGGGGGUUGGUGAUAGCGCCUCCUGAAAGAAAUACCGACUCAUGCUCAAACAGUCGAGUGUCGAGACAAAGUGAUCCUGCCGCAAGGAGCAGGACGAGCCGCUUAUCAGCCAUGCAUGGAAAUCGGGGUGGCUGAGGGUUGCAAACGCGCGUUCUUAUCUUAAAGCUCCGACCUCCCGACAGGAGGGUGACGAAAUAGAGCAGAUGUGCAAACAACGGCACCGAUGACUGAUGACUGACGAGAACCAGGCACUGCGACUUGAGGGGCGGCAAUAAAUUCCAUCCAACGACGCGUGCUCGACACACUUCCAGAUCCUGAGCAAUCCGGAGCAACUCUCGCCUGGGCACUCAGACUCGGGUUCAGAUUGGAAGCCACAAAAUUUCUAGUAUUACAAUGUCCGUGGACAACAGCUUGGGAAUCCUAGACUUCACUUUGGCUAAGGAGAGUGAAAAGACAGCAAUGACAGCGGCAAACGUAUACAAAACGUCAGACAAGGAGAACGACCCGGAUCCCCACUUAACGGGCACAAUUGUCACCACCGGCGCCACUGCCCAGCCAGCCACGCCUACUGCCGCCCAACCGGCCACGCCCACUCCACCAGCUGGCCAGGAUGUGGGCGAUGGAGCCGCCAGUAGUACCAACACGGAACUCAAGUUCCAGUCCUACGUAAAUGGCAACGGCAAUGGGGUGUACAAGAUCAUCAAGACCCUGGGCAAGGGCAACUUUGCCAAGGUCAAGCUGGCGAUCCAUGUGCCCACCGGUCGGGAGGUGGCCAUCAAGGUGAUUGACAAGACCCAACUAAACACGAGUGCCCGGCAGAAACUCUACCGCGAGGUGAAGAUCAUGAAGCUGCUGAACCAUCCGAAUAUCGUGCGCCUCUUCCAGGUGAUCGAAUCGGAGAGGACGCUCUACCUCGUGAUGGAGUACGCCAGUCGGGGCGAGCUAUUCGAUCACCUGGUGAAGAACGGAAGGAUGCGGGAGCGGGAUGCCCGGGUGAUCUUCCGCCAGUUGGUGUCCGCCAUUCAGUAUUGCCACAGCAAGUUUGUGGUUCAUCGCGACCUCAAAGCGGAGAACCUGUUGCUCGAUCAGCACAUGAACAUCAAGAUAGCCGACUUUGGUUUCGGCAACACCUUCGAUCCGAAUGCCCAACUGGAGACGUUCUGCGGGAGUCCUCCGUAUGCGGCACCUGAACUCUUUAUGGGCAGGAAGUACGCGGGACCGGAAGUGGACGCCUGGUCACUGGGAGUGGUGCUCUAUACCCUGGUCAGUGGUUCGCUACCCUUUGAUGGCGGCACCUUGAAGGAGUUGCGGGAACGAGUCCUGCGCGGCAAGUACCGAGUGCCCUACUACAUCUCCAUGGACUGCGAGAACCUGAUGAGGAAGUUUCUGGUCCUGAAUCCCGCCAAGCGCACUUCGCUCUCGGCUGUCAUGUCGGAUAAGUGGAUAAAUCUGGGUCACGAGGAGGCCGAUAGAUUGCGACCCUUUCGGGAGAAGCCCAUGGAGCUGCAGGAUGCCGCUCGGUUUGACUUGCUGAUGAGCAUGGGCCACAAGCGUCGCGAUGUGGAGCAGUCGGUGAAGGGACAGCAGUUCGACGACAUCUACUGCACCUACAUGCUCCUCGGAGUGGCCAAGCCGCGCUCCUCGAACCGCAGCGCUAAGCAGGAGGUUGUGGCCACAGUGGAUCUAACUGUUCCAUCGGUCAGCAGUCCGCUGCCCAACAUCACCACGCCCACUGUGACCAUAGCUCAGGUAACGCUGGCGAUGGACAAGAAUCCGCCCACUUCCUCCGUUUCAAGUCGUCCCAUAGCUCCUCGUCUGGCGAAUGUUCCCAAUACGCCCACUUCGACGCCGCCUACGGGACCGCCAGCCAAGCCCACGCGACGCACGCCAGGAAGGACACCAGGAUCACGCAAGAUCACCGGUAGUUCGAGCAGCCAAGGACCCUCUAGCCUCCCGCACACUCCGCAAUCCAAGCGAGCUAGCGCCAAUAUGGAUGUGAAGCCCACGCUGCUGAGUGCCCAGCGACAGUUGGCCCAGACCCAAAAGAUGGCCAGCACCCCGCCCCGCUUCCAGUACCCCGGUUCGGGUUCGCAGACUCCUCAGCAAGCCCAGGGAUCCGCCAGAAGACCAACGACGCUCUACGAGAAGGCGGAGCCGGCAGUCACGCCCCUUUUGGCUCCGAAGUCACCUGCCAUCGGCGGACGACUGUUGGAACGGAUCCCCGGAGCAGGAGCGGCAGUGGGAGCGGUGGAGAAAACCUCGGACAAACCCUUCACCCGACACAAUGUGGCGCGGGCCACCUUUCAUUUCGGCCAGGCGCGCAGUGGAAAACGGGGAGGUGGAUCAGGAGGAGGUGCUGGCGCCGAGGAGGACAACUACCAGACGCCACCCCUAUCCGCUGAUGACACCAAACCCGCCUCACGAGUGGGCUUCUUCUCCAAGCUGACCGCACGCUUUGGUCGCCGGGUGAUCCACCUGAACGAGAAGGAUGUCACCGAGCAGCGCAAGAACCUCACCAAAUAGCCAGG